UGCAGACCGCUGCGAGGAUAAACUGCCUUGGUUCUUACCUCCCUAGUGAGUAUCAGACAUGGAUGCUUUCCAAACAAUCCUAAAGUUCUUCAUCAACCAGAAAACCGCCAUAGGUUACAGUUUUAUGGCACUGCUGACAAUGGGAGGUGAACGUGUGUUUUCUCUUGUUGCUUUCAGAUGCCCAUGCAGCAGUGAAAACCUCAGGUACGGUUUAGUAUUUCUCUUUUCCCCAGCUCUUGUUUUGCUAGUUAUUGGAUACUUCUUGAACAGCAAGACCUGGAAACUCUUUACAGGAUGCUGGGUGAAUCCCAGGAAAAUAUUCCCCAGAGGGAAUGUCUGCCAUUUCUUUUACGUCUUUGGACAAAUCACUUUAAAUGCCCUGAUUGCCCCAGUGAUGUGGCUUUCUGUGGCUUUGCUCAACGGGACCUUUUACGAAUGUGCCAUGAGUGGCUUGGACAAUCCUGACUACUUAAAUGCGGUUUGCAACAGAAAAUCUGACAAGUGCUUUGGAGAGCUACACAUGGUAGCCUGUGGCAAAAGCUCCAUGCCCCUUUCAGAGAGUGAUGAACUGAGACGAACACUUCAAGCACAGUCCCAGAUUUUAGGCUGGUGUGUGAUAGUUACCGCAGCCCUUCUCUCCCUGCUAACCACUUGCUGUGCCAGCUGCCAGUCAAAAGUCAGCCAUCUCCAGCUGAUGUUCUGGAGAGUGUAUGAGGGGACGGAGAAGGAGCAACUGGAGCAGAUUUUCCAGCUUUAUGCCACCAAGCUGAGCGAGCGAAACCUCAAGUGCUUUUUUGAAAACAAGGAACCAGAACCAAUUUCCCUACCAGCUUUUCAGGCGUGGGAAGAUGCUUCCCAGCUUUACUCUUUCAGCAGCAGUAAACAGCAUUAUAGCACAAUUCACAAGCUAGUUGAAGAAGGACAGAAAGGAACCAGUGAGGAAAGGGAGACAAUGCUGGACUCUGUGGACAGAAGGGAAAUACCAUAAAUCAAAUAUAUUUUCAGCUUUUUUAUAUCUUGCUAAUAUAACUGCUUUCAUCUCUAUUUUUUUUUCACAAUGGUCUCCUUCAUCAUGUUCCCUUCCAGUUACACACUUGCUCCAAAAGGAUGGAAUGAAAUUAUUUCCCUCCAUGAGUGAAAAGGCUGCCAUGCUUCAUGUCACCCAGGGUUCACUCUUUACUAAUGUCACUGGCUGACAGCAAGCGCUGACAGCAAAAAGAGGUGAAUAAUGACUUCUACAAGAGGUUUUAACAAUAUCCUAUGUAAAAGGUGCUGUUGUAUUCUUUAUGUAAAUCAAGAGACUAUCAUUAAAUAACAUGAAUAUGAUAAUAGAAGAUGUGUGUGGCUUUCUGACAGCCCACAGAAAGUAAAGGUUUUCCUUUCAAGUCAUUUCCAGGCCAAUUGCAGGUACAGACUUGUUUUAAGACCUCAGUGAUCCCUCAAGACCUCUCUCUUUGGAUAAUUUGCCAAACAUCUUCUCCAUAUUAUCUUCUCCAACUGAGAAUUUGUUUGUAUGGGUAUCAAAUUUUAGUUUUGAGUGGGUUUCAGGCACUGGGUGCAGCCUGUAGUGCUAUGUAAUACUGUUUGUACUGGGCCCACAGUUAGUGUACAACAGAGGGCCUGGAAGGAAAUUCCACUUUUCAAGACAACAAAAUAUUUUUGCAGAAGACUGAUUUUUAUUUUUCUCAUUAUCUUAGAAAACUUAGUGUUGGGAGCAAGAAGAACUGGCAGGUAAGGUAACUGCAUAAUCGAUGCCUCUGACAAAUGCGUUUCACCCCAGAGCCCUACGCUUUACCUCACCCACUUGGAAUUCACCACGUGGCUCUCACACAGGGUGUCCAUCCAGAGUAUUCUCAAACACCGUAUAAAAGGAGAACAAAGUUACUUUCCCUAGGGUGUCUGGGCAGGCUUUUACACAGCGUUUUACUGCCAGUCUCUCCGAGUCUGCAAAGAAUCGUAUUUUUGCUGUACUUGAGUCAGGCUCUUAUCAACAAACCAGGGCACUCUGCCCAGCUGUUCACAUACUCACUGUGCUUCUUUCAGCAGGCAAAAGUAUCUAUAGCCAUAUACAGACAAUUACUCUUUCUGAAAUAAAAUCCAAGAGCUAAUUCCAUUGUCUGCUUAGAAUUUUUUCUGUCUGUUUUGAAUAACCUGUGACCUUUCAGACAAUGUUUAAACUUCUUUUAUCCCGGGUGAUCCACUUAUCAACAGACUUAGAACAUGUCAUACAUUUAAUGCUGGAACUGAAAGCACAGAUGCAACACUGCCAGAAUGAAAGUCACAACAGCAGACACGUCUGACACUAUGCCUGACAUAUAUACAAUGGGCUCCUCUCCUGGUAUAGCAUGCACCUACUUCCAGGCUAUAUGACCAUUCCCAUUUUUCUGUUUUUAUCUUUCUUUAUGAGAGCUGCCCCAACAUCUUCUGUUCAGUCCCAUUUCACCUUCUCCCUACAUACAAGAGGAAAGGAAACACAUCCUGCUGUCUGGGCCAACCUGUCUUUCCCAAAACUGUCUUUCCACCUCCUUCCUCGGUGGUACCACAGAAAACCAAAGAAAGUGGGGAUGCAAAGGGGAAGACACCAUGUAGGUUAAUAAGUUGAUCAAGGACUAUGGGAAACAUGUGGAUUGAUGUACAAAUAAGGCCUCCAGUGUGAUAUAAUACCUGGGACACAGAGCCAAAAGCAUAGCUGGUAGAGGGAAAGGUGGAAGGACAGAGUGAUCCCACUUAAGGCCUUUGGCAUCUUCUUUUCCUUUGGAUGAAAUCUCAAAGCUCAAAACUCUGCACUUGAGUAGUCAGGGCCACAUCAGUGCUUCCCAGCCCAAUCUUCUAUUAUGGAGGGACAAAACCAAAGUGUGUUCUCCCCUCCUCAUCCUUACCCUGCUUCACGUUUGCAGGUAACUCCUGCUGAGAGUGUCUCCGCCUCCAAGAGAGCUGCUGGGUUCAUGGAUUCGUGCUGCAAUGUGUGUCUGGUAGAAGCCCAUCUAUCACUGAUCCUCAUUCCCAGGGCUGUGUGACUUUUAUCUUACAAAAAUGCCUGUGACCUAAUGCAAUUUCCAUGUGGAUACUGGAAUACUUCCAUAAAACCAGACAAAAAUAAAAGCCAGUUUGACCCUACGUUUUCAACUGGAAUCUGGUUUUGGCAAAUUUAACUCUGUCCUUCAAGCUGCUAUCACAAAAGCUGUUUUCUAUCAACACUGUCCCUAAAUUCAGCAGCCCAGGAUGGGACAAAGACUACCAUUAACACUCUCCAAAACAAACUGAAGAGAGAGAAAAAAACCCAGCAAACAAAACCAAACAGCGGAAUCAACAUUUUCUGCUGGAAAACUUAGAUUUUUCAUUAACUCUUAUGUCCAUCAAAAUAUGAGUACACAGGAACCUUCUGCCCAAUACUCUGUGCUCUGUCCCUCAGUUUAAUUAUUUAAAUUCUCUUAACUCUUCUUCCACUACACAUCUGCUGCUCCAUCAAACUAAAGUCUUUGCUAUAAGAGUAAAGACUUUUUAACUGUGCUAAGACCUCAUACGCUUUCAAUUUAGUUUGAGCCGUACUUGGCAUUACGGUAUGAUGUAUCUGUCCAAAUUCUGUGGUUUAAAAUUUCCUGUGUAAACGAGAACUUGCACAUGCAAAAGAAGUAGCUGGUUUGCAAUGGAGCACCAAAUUAGGGCAAAAUCACAAAGCUAUAAAAUUGAAAGCUGAAAAUUGUGAAAACAUCUUGUCAGGAAAAAUGAUUGAACUACAUAGAUAAAUAAUUCAAUGAACUGAUAUGAAUAUUUGAAAAAAAGCCCACAGGCCAUGACUGGACAUUAAUUACUUUAAAACUACCAUUUACAGCUUCUCGGAGUGUAAAACAAAGGUCUUUUCAGUCUUUGUGACUCCAAAAGAUUGGAAAGUAAAAUGAAUGACCUGUUUCAAAAGUUGUCUCAUUUAUAUCUAUGAAACAGAGUUAAAAAAGAAUAUCUAUUUAGACAUGUACAUAGGCUUGCCAUCAAAAUUAUGCCCAUAUAAAGAAAAAUCUCUCUUUUGAAAAUGUUACUUGCAGCUCUAUGAAAUUAUAUAUUGUUUAAUGUCAACCAAGAAAUCUCUGCAGUCAGAAUUAAAAAUGUACCACUGACCUUUUCCAAAGUCUCAACCAGCAUUCCCUCUCUCUCAAGCAGCAAGAAUAAAAUUCAUUAACAUUUUGAUGAUGCUCAAACACAGUCUAGAAUUACUGAAAUAUUUAGGAAGCCACUAACUUAUCAGUCCCUUUACAUAUUACUGAGGACUUUUCACUACAAAACCUUGUAUGCAUAAGUAAUGACAGAAAGUAAGUAAGUACAGACCGUUAAACAAGUGAAAACCAUAAUUUCAGCUGGCUUCAUAACAAGAUUAAUGAAGGACCAGAAUUAAUCUGCUUAGAAGGGAAAAGCAGCCAAAAUAAUAUUUCUACUAGCAUACUUUUCAUUCUUAGUAUUUUUCCAGUCAGUAUUUGGUAAGGCAAGUUGCUUUACAGCAGCUGAUUCCAAACUUUUCUCAUAAACUUUUCUUUAUUCUUUA